AUGUUGCUCAACGAGUCGAAAGUUCGUUUGUUGAUUUUAUUAUCAAUUGUACAAGUUCGAGGUUAUUCAUACAAUCGACCAAGUCUUCCAUUUGAUUCUGAAUGGAAUCCAAAUGGGACAACAAUUUUGAAUGGGUCAAUGCUUGGAUUAAAUUCGUUGGAUUUGUUUAUUGAUCAGAAUAACACAAUUUAUGCUUCAAGUGACCAAUAUGGACGAAUUUUGAUUUUUCUACAAGGAAAUUUGAGUUUAAAUCAAAAUAUUUCAUUGCAUUUGAUUAAUUCGUCAAGUUUAUUCGUAGCAGACGAACAGAAAAUCUAUGUUGAUGCAUUUUAUUCAUCAAAUACGAGUAUUGUGAACGAAAUCGAAUUAAAUUCCUCGAAAGUGAAUUCAAUUUCGAGAAUGAAUUUUUGUCAUCAAUGUGUUGACAUUUUCGUGAGUGAAAAUCGAACUCUUUAUUGUUCAUUAUCUGAACAACAUCAAGUUAUUUCCAAGUCAUUAGUCAAUCAAUGGAAUUAUCUGUUAACUGUUGUAGGAACGGGAAAUGAAGGAUCAACAUCAACAACACUUCGAAAUCCUCGUGGAAUUUUUCUUGAUGAAACAUAUUCAACUUUAUUUGUUGCUGAUUGUGGGAACAAUCGAAUUCAAUCAUUUAAGUUAGGAUCAUUUCUUGGACAAACAAUCCUUAUAAACCAAACAUUGAAUUGUCCAAGUGGAAUUGCAUUGGAUAAUCAAGGUUAUUUAUUUGUUGUUGAUUCAAAUAAUCAUCGAAUUCUCGGACAAAACUCCAAUGGUUUUUGUUGUUUAAUCGGAUGUAGUCAAUCGGCGGGAUCCAAUCCAAAUCAACUGAAUUUUCCAUCAAAUCUUCAAUUUGAUUCAUUUGGAAAUCUUUUUGUUGUUGAUGAACAAAAUCAUCGAAUUCAAAAAUUCAGUUUAAUCGUUUCUUUACGACAAUGGAAUCUAACUGGAAAUAUGAAUGUUGCGCGGACAUAUCAUACAGCAUCGGUUUUAACCAAUGGAAACGUCUUGGUUACUGGUGGAUCGAGAUCUGGUAUUUAUCACAACAGUGCUGAAUUGUAUGAUCCGUUAACAGGUAAUUGGGCAAUGACUGGAAGUAUGUCUGCUGCACGACAUCAACAUACAGCAUCGAUAUUAUCCAAUGGCAAAGUCUUAAUUACUGGCGGAUAUAAUAGUGAUAAUAUUUCUCUCAAUAUUGCUGAAUUGUACGAUCCAUUAACCGCGAAUUGGACAAUCACGGGAAAUAUGAGUGCCGGACGGAGAUAUCAUACGGCAUCGAUUUUAUCCGAUGGAAAAGUCUUAGUCACUGGUGGAUUGAAUAUUAGUAAUUCUAUUAAUAUUGUUGAAUUGUAUGAUCUGUCAACAGGUAAUUGGUCAAUCACGGGAAAUAUGAUCAGUGGGCGCACAUAUCAUACAGCAUCGGUUUUACCAAACGGAAACGUUCUUGUCACUGGAGGAUUGCAUAGCGGUACUUAUCUCAAUAGUGCUGAAUUGUAUCAUUCAUCAAUAGGUACUUGGACAGGAACGGGAAACAUGAAUGUUUCACGAACAUAUCAUACAGCAUCGAUUUUAUCCAACGGAAAAGUCUUAGUUACUGGUGGAUAUAAUAACGGUACUUAUCUCAGCAGUGUUGAAUUGUAUGAUCCAUCAAGUGAGAAAUGGUCAAUGACUGGAAGUAUGAAUUCUUUACGGGCAUAUCAUACAGCAUUGACUUUGCCUAAUGGAAAGGUAAUUGUUGCUGGUGGAUUGAAUAACAGUAGCUCUAUCAAUAGUGCUGAAUUGUAUGAUCCGUCAACGGGAACUUGGACAAUAAUUGGAAAUAUGAAUGUUCCUCGGUCUUAUCAUACAGCAUCAAUUCUAUUAAAUAAGACAAUAUUAGUCGCAGGUGGAUGUUGUUCUGCUCCGAACAGUACAGAAUUAUACUGA